AUGCCACCUCCAACGACAUUCCACGGCCUCCCCGUCAUCCCCGACGAACCAUACACCACCACCUCCCCUCGCGCGAUCGCCCAAGUCAUCCACGCCCUCGAAGUACCCGAGGGCGUCGGCCUGCGCGUCCGCCGCUCCAUCGGCACCCCGUCCCUCCCCAACCUAACCCCCUUCCUCAUGCUCGACCACUUCUCGAGCGAAUUCGGCGGUCCUGACGAUGCCGGCGCACCGGACCAUCCGCACCGCGGCCAGGAGACCAUCACGUACAUCCUGGCCGGCGGCGUGGACCACGAGGACUUCGCGGGCAACCGCGGCACGCUGGACGCGGGGGAUCUGCAGUUCAUGACCGCCGGGCGGGGGAUUAUGCACUCGGAGAUGCCGCGCGAGGAGCUUCUCGGAACGCCGAAUGUCGGGGUGCAGCUGUGGGUUGAUCUGCCGCGUGAACUUAAGUACUGCGAGCCGCGGUACCGCGACCUGCGGGCCGGCGAGGUCCCGCAGACUACGGCAGAUGGCGGGAAGGUGCGUGUUAAAGUGAUUAGCGGCCAGGCGUUUGGCGUGCAGAGCCCCAGGGACCUGAGUUAUACGCCGGUGUGGUACCUGGACUUCGCGGUGAAGCCGGGGGGUGGGUUCCGACUCCCCGUGCCGCGGGGCUGGAACGCGUUCUGCUAUGUGCUGGAGGGCGCGAUCGAGGUUGCUGACGGAGAUACGGCGCGGUCGUGUCCGCGGUUCAGCAACACGGUUUUUGAAAAAGAGGGCGACAGCGUUAGUAUUGCCGUGGCGGGGGACGCAGAGCAGGACGCAAGGUUUUUGGUCGUCGCGGGGAUGCCGCUGGACCAGCCGGUGGUGCAGUACGGGCCCUUCGUGGCGACGAGCAGGGAGGAGGUGCUGCAGGCUGUUGUCGAUUUCCGGACAGGCCAGAAUGGGUUUGAGAGGGCUGUGAACUGGGUCAGUGAAAACUCGUCGAGAUCAAGGAGAAAUUCUUUGAGGUAG